AUGAGUUAUAAAGCUUACUCAAAUUACGAACCUCCUCAAUCUCCACCUCCGGAAUACUCAACACAAUAUCCGCCACCGCCACCUCCAGAAUCCAAUAGUUAUUACAAAAGUGAUACCAUUCGGCGGGUGAAAAAUGGAAUACAAAACCAAAAUAUCAAGAAAGAGUUGGCAGAUACAAGAACUAUUGAAACUUCUGGACUCUUAAUACUAAUACAAAAAAUAUUAAAACCAAUUGUUUAUAGCGCAUUAAUCGGGAUUGCUUUAUCACUUGUUUAUAUGGUGUUUAUACAACAAUUUCCAAAAAAUUUAAUUAAAGUUACUUUAUGGCUUUCAAUUGCUUUAUAUUUUCUUGUUUACUAUUUUCUAGCAUAUGUAAAUUUUAUUGCCUCGAAACAUUGUAUAGCUAGUUCAGCUUUACCAUAUCGUCGUACACCGCCUUCUUGGUUGAAAACUACUCCCGAUGAU